CAUACACUCCAUAUAAUAAACGGAUGCAUGUAAAAGAGUCGCGGAGGCUUCGACAUGUCGACCACGGGUCCCAUAACUAAUUAUUAUGUGGAUUCCUUGAUCAACCAUGAAAGCGACGAUGUCAUCGCGGCGGCUCGGUUUUCGGCGCCCGGUUCGCACCCAGCUGGCCCUCGACCGACGUCCUUGGUGCCGGAGUGUGGCGAUUAUCCUUCCUGCAGCUUCGCACCCAAGCCUCCCGUCUUCUCCUCCUCCUGGGCCCCUGUCCACUCCCAGUCAUCAGUGGUUUACCAUCCAUACAGUCACCAACCCCACUUAAGCACAGACUCGCGGUAUAUGCGCUCAUGGCUGGAGCCGAUUUCAGGCGCCGUGCCUUUCCAUGGCUAUCCGGGAAACGGCAGGCACUAUGGACUGAAGCCCGACGCCUUUCCGGACCACAGAGCCGGCGAAUGUCUCGGCACAAAUGGAAGGACCUACACGGAUUAUCUGUAUUGUUCAUCCACUGACAUGCGAGACAAGACGCAGCAGAAUGCGCCUUCUCCAGAGUCGGAGCUGCUGACUUCGGGGAAGCAUAAAGAGGAGAAGCCGGAGCUCGAUCCCAACAACCCUGUGGCAAAUUGGAUACAUGCUCGUUCGACGAGGAAGAAGCGAUGCCCAUAUACAAAGUACCAGACUCUCGAACUGGAAAAGGAGUUUUUGUUCAAUAUGUACCUAACCAGAGACCGCCGAUACGAGGUGGCUCGGGUUCUGAAUCUGACCGAGAGGCAGGUCAAAAUCUGGUUUCAGAACCGGCGAAUGAAGAUGAAGAAAAUGAACAAAGAAAAGGGCGACAGCAAGGAUCAGUGAUAGGACUGCAGCGACAGAACAACCACAUUAACCACUAUAUUCACUUGGACAGCACAGAUGUACCAAAACACCCCCCACCCCUAAUCCAUGUUCUCAUAUUUAUCACUUUGCUGGAUUUUGUAUUAACCCCAACGUCCAGACUGUUAAAAGCUUAAUAUAAAUGUUUUUUAGUUUACUUAUAUAAUUUGUCCAGCGUUUGAAGAAAAUAGAGAGAAAAUAGACUUGUGUUUUGACUUUUUUUGUAAUAAAAAAA